AUGUCGUUCUCCGCCGAUGGCUUCAGCCGCAAGUUGGAGGCGCUCCAAGAGACCCAGGACCUGAUCGUCAAGCUCCUGCAGUGGGUGCUUUUCCACCACCGCAACCUCCGCGACAUUGCCCGCAUGUGGGCCGCCUUCGUCGAGAAACAGCCGCGGGGGCUGCUGCGGAAACAGUUGACGCUUUUAUACCUCUGCAACGACGUCGUCCAGCAGGCGAAGCGCAAGCGGAAACAGGAGUUUGUCGACGAGUUUGCCCUGGUGCUCCCCACGGUGUUCCAGCGCGUCUACGCCCGCUUGGACCUGCCCACCCAGGGCAAGGUCGACCGGUUGAUAUCGGUGUGGCAGGACCGCGUAGUGUUUGACCUGGCGCAGAUCGCCCUGUUCAAACAGGCGAUCAAACAGCUGGUGCUGGCCCAGCCGCUGGCCGCGGCGGGACCGCCAGCCACCGCCGCCGGCAGCACCAAGCUCGUCCCCGAGCUCAACCACUUGAACGACUUAUUCGGUCAAUUGAACAAAGUCAACACCACCGCCCAGGGCAACUUGGCCCAGUUCAAUGUCCAGCUGAAACAGUAUUUACCUGGCGAGGAUGCGCCGAACGCGCCACUGCCGAAAGUGUGGAUCCUGAAACUCAAUACGCUUGAGAAGUUGGGGGAAAUGGCCACCACCGCCAUCAAGGACCAGCAGCGGCUUAAACAGCAGAUCCGCAGCCAGUUGGCGUUGAUGCUCAAGACAUUGGAGGAGGGGGUAUCUAAGGACGACGACAAGCUCGCCGACAUCGCCCUGAAACUCCAGACGUUGGAUGAAACGCGACAAGAGCUCAAACAGAUGAAUCUGGACACCGACGACCACAAACCGCGCCCAUUGCCUACAAAGCCCCUGCUGCUGCUGCUGGCGCUGGCACUGGCGCUGGCACUGGCUGACGAAGAGGAUGACGCGCUACCCACCUACGAAAAGGAUUCCGACGACGACGACGACGAUGACGAUGACAACGAUAACACUACUAAUACCACCGGGGGGCCAGCUAGUGCGGCAUCGACUGCGACUGCGGCGGCGAGUGCAUUAGCGACAGCGGCGCCAGCGCCGGGCGCCGACGGCGAGUCGGCGGUGGCCGAGCCCGAGUCGCCGGCGUUCUCGACGGCGCCGUUGCUGCCUGGCGGUGGCAGCGACACUGAGGGGGAGAACGGGUCGCGCAAGCGGCGCCUAUCGCAGACGCCGUCCGGCGGGCUGACGCCGUCGCACAAGAAGGUGGCGUUCUCCGAAGACAUCGAGGUGAAGGAGUUUGACCAGGACGACGGCAACAGCGACGACCAUGCCGACGCCCACGACGACGCUAACGCCGACGACGGGCAGGGUGCGGGCGCCGACAUCAUGAGUCUUUUAAUGAAACUUAAUUAA